AUGGGUUGGGUUAGAGGAGAAACUCUCGGAAAGGGUGGUUUCGGUUUCGUCUCCAUCGCCAAAACCAAUCAAGAUAAUAAUCUGACGGCCGUUGAUUGCCAAGAAGAAGGAGUUGCUCGACAAAUUCUAGUCAUGCCCCUCGAUCCUCCGCUGCUUUGGGGACUCAAUCACGACCGAAAAUGGGAAAAAACUCUAAACAUAUUGCUCGAGUACACCUCCGGUGGAUGCCUUGCCGAUCACAUCCUAAAAGGCCUUCUAGAAAUCACGGUCAGCCGCUGCACGAAAUCCAUACUCUCUGCGCUCCUUCACAUCCACAAGGCCGGUUAUGUUCACUGUGACGUGAAGCCUCACAACGUGUUGCUCGUCGGCCAAGACGCCAAGCUGGCGGAUCUCGGGAGCUGCUGCAAGACGAGCUUCGACGAAAUAGUAGUUAUUCCCCAGAUUCCGACGAACAACAGAAUAUCCAAAGAGGCUAAAGACUUUCUCACAAAGUGUUUGGUGAAAUAUCCAACGGCCAGGUGGAAAUCCAAUAUGCUUCUCGACCAUCCCUUUGUCAAAAAGGCCGAUCCAUCAACAGUUGCUGGAAAAUACAUCAUCAUCAUCAUCACAAAUUGUCACAUGGCAUUCACUCUUUGGUGCCUCACUGUUUUCACCACCCAAAAGUGCAGGCCUGCUGAUUACAUCUCAUUAAUCUUCUAUGUAUCUGUACACUCAUUCAUCAUCAAUCUGAGUUGA